AUGAUUAAACAACAGCAACUUAAGGCGCAAAGCACCCAGGUCCUUCAGACCAUUACAUACGCCACAUAUGCAUAUAAUUCAAAGACGGCAGAACAAACGCAAAGGUUGAAAUAUGGAGAUUUGGAGAUAGUAUUGAAAAAUGACCGUUUCGAAUUCGUUUGCAAAGGUGGUGCAGUGAUAUCAAAUAUAAAAGAAAUUUUAUUUAUGAAUUCAAAAAUUAAAGGAAUAACGGAUGAUAUAACAUCAAUUCCACCAGAAGAACAGAGAUAUUACGCAUUAAAUGCAUUUCCUAAAGUUUUGAAGAUUGGAAGAUUUAAUUUAAAUGAGGAAUUCAUAGAAGGUUUCCUAAACGACAUAAUGAAGAAGGUGGAUAAGGAAUAUGUGGAUAGUGAAUUAGAGAAGAAGGCAAAUUUGGUUUAUGUUGAUGAAAAAGAUAAUGAAAUUAAAGAAAAGGUUGAAUGGUAUCAUGAAUGGGCAUCGGAGACUUUUAAAGUUAAAGCUGAUACAGGAUGGGUUUCAGGAUGUUUAGACCUUAAAGCAGAUAAAACUUAUGUUGAUGAAAAUUAUGCAAAGAAGACGGAAGUAAAUGAUGUGAUUACAAGCAUGAAAAAUGAAAUACUUCAAACAUUAUAUCCUGUUGGUUCUAUUUAUACGUCAAUGAAUUCAACAAAUCCAGCAACAGUUUUAGGUUUUGGUACGUGGAAGCAGAUUGUAAAUAAAUUCUUAUACUGUGCUAGAUAUUCAAAGCAAGCAGGAGGUUCGAAGAAAAUUAAAGAAGCAAACCUUCCACCGCACACUCAUACAGGAACUACAAACUUUUCUGGCGACCAUAGCCACUCAUUAAGAGACCACCCAUUAUACAACUCAGACUAUGAAGUUGGUUAUGAUGUUUUAUCUCCAGCUUAUAACAAUUCAGCAAAAAAGACUUUUCGACAAACUGAACCAGGAGGAAAUCAUUCACACACUUUCACAACAAAUCCAACAGGCUUGGGUAAAGAUUAUAUGCCACCAUUUAUGACUAUAUUCGCAUGGUACCGCGUUUAUUGA